AUGUCAGGCACAUCUCGUCCUCGCAUUUCAAAGACCGUCGCGUGUCGCCGAUGCCACUCGCGCAAGGUCAAAUGCUCGGGCGGCAACCCCUGCGAUGGGUGUCGCCAGGCCGCCAAAGACGACGAAUGCGAGUAUCCCCGCAAGAAUCGUCUCAUCAAAGUCAGCGAGCAGUACAUCGCAGAUCUCAUUUCCGAGAACAAGCGACUGCGAGGAAGCGCACAGCCCCCGAGCGAAGAGACAGUCAAUGCGCCCGUCCUGGCUGAAGCUCCCUGGUUUGUCAACGCCGAUGCCCUCCACACGCCCAUCCUCGUUGCUGAAGCCUCCGACUCGGCCUUUGCCUCGAGAUUCCGGCAGGCCUUGUCUCAUUCGUCUCAUUCUCACCAUGGCCAUCUCCCUCGCGUCAACUUCCCCACCGAUGAGCAGCUGCUCGCCUUGUCAGAGGCUGAGUACCCAUGGCCCUCGCCGGCUCGUGCGCGGCUUCUUGUUCAGACUGCUGUAAAUGGUCUCGGUCGCUGCUACCAUGUCGUACGGCGUAGUUCGACUUUCCACGACCUUGAGAAUAACUCACUCGAUUCGUUGAACAGGAGUAAACUCUGGGCGUUGUUCGCGAUUGGCGAGAUGUAUACGACUAGAAACCCAAGCCCAGAUAAAGGCUUUCCCGGCAUCCGGUACUUCUGCAAAGCGAACAACAUCCUGCGCAUUGUGAGCGAGAGGCCGAGCGUCGAAAUGGUGGAAGUCCAACUGCUCCUGUCAGUUUACUCGCUGUACCUCAACCGACGGCAUGCCGCAUAUAGCCUCGCUGGCUCUGCGGUUCGACUGGCGGUCAUCAUGGGCCUGCAUCUCAACAUCCCCGAGUCCCAAUUGACCGACGCCGGGGAGAGAGAGCAUCGAAACCGGCUGUUCUGGACGGCAUACACCUUCGAUCGCAUGUGGGCGGCAAAGCUCGGAUACCCCUGUGCCAUCCAAGAUGAUCAGAUCCAAGUCAGUCUUCCCACGAGUCCUCCUGGUUCAGGCGAUCAUGGGGCAUUGGACUUUCCCGACCGAGCAUACUUUAUCGCAAGGAUAGGACUUGCCCGAAUAUCCGGCAAGAUUAUCUCCUCGAUAUACGGCAAAAGUGCUCAAGAACUCUCGCUGUCUCAUCGUGUUCAAGAGGCGUUCGGGGAUCUUCGACGCUGGCUGCAAGAACUGCCACCUGCUCUGCAAACUCCUGCUCGAUGCGAGGGCGAUUGGGACCCCAAGGCACGGUCUCUUCAUCUUCUAUUCAAUCAGCUUGCCAUCCUCGCUACGCGCCCGAUCCUCCUUCACGUUCUCCGCGUCCAUAUCGAAGCCCGAGAUCAGCAGAGCACCAAAGAAACGAACGUACCCGCCUCCGCCACUGCUCUAUCCGAGACAUGCGUUCGCUGCGCACGACACUCUUGCAGUCUACUAGUUGACAGCUGGACAAACGGGUCUUUCAUGGUGUUUGAUUUCUUCUACACCCAGUAUCUCUUCUCGGCCGCCACGAUCCUAGCCAUUUCCAGUUUACUCCCCGGUAAAGAGCGGCAGAGCGAUGAGGAGCAAUUCGAAGUAGCGGUCAGCUUCCUCUCCCAAUUGCGGGAUAGCGGCAACUAUGCCGCGGCGGAAUUUUACAAGCAUAUCGAAGCCGUCACCGAGCUUCUGGUCCUCACCAAAGCCCGCCUGUGCGAUGCAGGAAAUGGAAAUGCCGCAACGCCACACGACUCCGCGUACGGCUCAGCCAUGGACACGGGGCCCACCGAGCUGCCAUCCAUCUCGAGCGAGAUGAGCGCUGGAACGGCGCUCUUCGAUCCCCUCUUGCAGGAGCUUCUGGAACAGCCAACUCUGGACCUCGAAUUCAUCGAUUCUUCUAUGUACCUCGAUGAGCAGCAGGGAUUCUACUGGCCGAGCCUGACUGACGGUGAUGUCGCUUGA